AUGAAGGCCGCAGUCGUCCUCUUUACACUUUCAUCGGUGGCAUUUGCUGCACCAGUCGCACAAGAGGCUAAGCGUGAACAACUGCAGAACCUCUUCUAUGUGCCAUCUGGUGCUGAAGGUGAAGCGCCAGCAAAGCGUGAGCAGCUUCAAAACCUCUUUUAUGUGCCCUCUGGUGCCGAGGGUGAUGCUCCAGCCAAGCGUGAAGCUCCCAAAAAGCGCGAGCAGUUACAGAAUCUCUUCUACGUACCCUCUGGUGCUGAAGGUGAGGCUCCGGAAAAACGUGAGCAGCUGCAGAAUCUCUUCUAUGUGCCAUCCGGUGCCGAGGGUGAAGCUCCAGCCAAGCGUGAGCAGCUCCAGAAUCUUUUCUACGUGCCCUCUGGUGCUGAGGGCGAAUCACCAGCAAAGGAGUAA